CAAAAAUUGUGACCAUUUUUCGAAUACGUCACAUUUCGGCGACUGCGGCGGCGCCACUCUGAAGAUCCGCCGUCUCCACUGCAUUCCCCCCAAAAGUGAUCAAGGGGUUAUUACGCCUAGAGAUGAAAACUGCUGAUAAUUCCAAAAUGGAUCAAGAUUUCUUCGAAUAUCUACCAUCAGAAAUCGUAGUAAAUAUCCUCUCAAGACUCCCCACUCGAGCCGCUACAGUCUGCAAGUGUGUUUGUAAGCCAUGGCUCGGUCUUCUCGCUACUCCUGAGUUUGUGAAUUCCCAUAUUUCGAGAUCAGUCCCCGGCAUCGCUGUUGAAACACGCUCAAGGUCAUACGACGUCAUUGAGUUUGUGGAUGAACUAGGCCUCAGCUUCGAUGACGAGCAUCGUACGAAUGUAGCCUUCAACUUCGAACUCCCUUUUGAUGAGCCAAUGCAUAGUUCAGCCAAUGGUUUGAUCUUUCUAUAUGGUGUCAUUCAUGAAGAUCUUAUCCUGUGCAAUCCAAUCACGCGUGACUAUAUCAAGCUCCCUUGUCCUCGACAAACCUCCCCAAAAGAUCAGAUUGACACAGAGACAUUUGGAUUUGGAGUGAGCAAGAUGACUGGCCAAUAUAAGGUGGUUAGGCUUUUCAGUGAAAAACCACUCCAUGAGGAGUACAAAAUUGAGUGCCAAGUAUACAAUGUUGGAACCGGAUCGUGGAGAAAAGUUCCCUCCGGUAGCAUUGAUAGCUCGCUAAGGUUAUAUGAAGACGUUCGAGGGGUACUUCUGAAUGGAAAUCUUCAUUGGAUGGUUGACAAAACAACAAAUUUCUCUUGUAGAUGGGUUCUUCGCUUUGAUCUUGAAACAUAAGUUUUUAGCGUCUUUUCUGCACCUCCUCCUAUCGGUAUAAAUUUUGUCUUUGGUAAGUCACUCUGUGUUUUCAGGGAUUGCCUCGGUUUAAGUGAUUUUUCAACCGAUGGGAGCAUUUUAAUCUGGUUUUUGGAGGAAGAUAAGGGGCGUUGGCCAAAGGACUUUAUCCGUGAGUUUGAUAGACGCGAUCAUUUUAAUCAUGUUUGGCCAAUAAGAGCUUUCGAAAAUGGUGAUGUCUUCAUGGAAUCGGAUUUUGGAAAUCUACUCUACUACUCCAACAAGUCGAAAACUUUUGACUAUGACGUUGUGGUUCGAGAGGGUCGUGAUACUUACACCCCUACGACCAUGUAUGCCUCAAGCUUUCUCUCACUAAAGAGUUUUGUGAUGGAGAAUGUUAGCUCAUUUUGAGUUAUGAAUGUUGGCUCUUUUGUAGGAUUGUCUUGGACCUCUCUGAACAUUGUUUUCUUUAAGUUAAAUUGCAGUUCUUGCCUUCCUUUUUUGCUUAGUUUGGAGAGGGCAGUUGUUUAAUGUUUUGUUCAUGAAAAUCUAUUAAUAUUAGGCAAAAA